UUAACUGACGUUUCAUUUUCAUGUUCUCAAAAAAUAAUAUUUACGCAGUAAUAGAUAAGUCUAUGAUAUAUUAUAAAAGCAAUAUAAUCAUAGAUAUGUAAUAUAAUAUGUCCCACUAAUUUAAACAAACUGGCAAUAUUCGAGGACUGAAUCCUUGAUUUAACUAUAAAUUAAAAUGUACUUAUACAAUGAACAAUAAACAAACUACAAGAUAUAAUAUAGCUGUUGACAUCGCCUGUUGAUGAUUAAAAAUGUUUUUCCAUCUACCAAAAGGACAUUUAAGCUUCGUGGAAAGGUGGCCGUUAAUGAAUCCAAAUGAUGUGAUAUUCCUCAUCUUUACGUAUUUGAUGUUUAUCCUGAAAAUUGGACCCGCUCUCAUGGAACGACGGGAACCCUUCCAGAUGAAAGGAUUUAUUAUAUUCUGCAAUGUUGUUAAAGUUAUAAACUCCACAAUUCUGGCUUAUAAGUUUCUUGCUUAUAUAAUCGACAAAGGAUUGUUUCCAAGAAAAUGUGACUAUGACGAUCGAACUCUAUACGUAAUCGCUGUGCUUUACUGGAAGUACAUGGCGACAAAGAUAUUGGACCUUUUCGAUACAGUGAUCUUCGUGCUCCGAAAAAAGUCUUCUCAGAUCACAUUCCUCCACGUAUACCACCAUAUGUUUAUGGUCAUCAUCAGCUGGUUGAGCCUGAAAUACGACCCAUCUGACCAUUGGGCGUUCAUGGCACUGGUGAAUUGUACCAUACACGUGAUCAUGUACACGUAUUACGGUCUCUCAGCUAUGGGUGCGGCGUAUACAAAGUAUCUAUGGUGGAAGAAGUAUUUAACUUUGAUGCAAUUGCUUCAAUUCGUCAUGAUCAUAUUGCAUAUAGCAAUCCAAACCUACACUUCCCCCUGCCCGGUAAGCAAGGUGUUCUACUGGGUCGGUAUCUCGAACCUCAUUCUUUUCAUGUGGUUGUUCACGAACUUCUAUCAGAAGAACUACGUACUGAAGCGCGUAUCUACUGUAUGUACUAGACAGGCGAUAGAAUAGAACUUGAAAUUAUUAAAGCCGUGGUCACACGCAACGCGCUACGAUAUCGACGCAUGUUGGCAGCGACUCCUACAUUUUCCAAAGCGCUAGUCGGUUAAAAACUGUAUGAAGGCGUUCACACGUGGCGAACUUCACGUAGCAGCCGCAUUACUACCGUCUUGAGUCAUUACUGUCACAUUCCGAAGUAAGACAUAGGUGCUUAUGCAUACUAGGUAUACCUACGGUUCCUGGCAGGAAAGAUCGCACCCGCACAUCGUAACUACUUUAGAAAGAUAUAAUUUAUAACUUCGGUUUCGUAGAGCAUUAACUUUGUCGUUGAGAUUAACAAAUCUGCGACAAAAUGUCACAGGUAUGAGUGACAGAGACCACACUACGAAGCCGAAGUUGCUGAUUAUCUCUCUCUAAAGUUUGAUGCUUUCCUGCCUUGCUGCUGCCGUCGUGAGUCGUGACGCUUUAAUGCGGAUGCGCGUUAUGUCUGACCAGACUUUACUCUGAAAAUAUGUUAGUCUGGAUCGGGGCACUAAAACUGUGAUUGAGGGCGUGUCAAUUUACUCGUAACUGGUGGCGUUAUAAUGUUUUAGUUUAGAACUUAGAAGGAUAAAAUAUAUUUAUUUUUUUGGUAUCUAUA